AUGUCCUCAGCCCAACCCGCCUGGAAGCAAAAAGCCGCCGCCAAACGAGCAGCCCAAUACGCCUCUAUCCCUCCAGAAUGGCGACUCCAGGAACGCCUUCCACAACCGAAAGACACCUACUCGUACCUCAAAACCUCCGGUCUCCUAACUCCAGAAGAGCUCGAAAUAACCGAAACGGCCUCCGCCGCCCUGCUCCUCCGCCGAAUGGCCUCCGGCUCUCUCUCCGCCGUCACCGUGACCAAAGCUUUCUGCCACCGAGCCGCCCUGGCUCAGCAGCUAAUUAGAUGCUGCACGGAGAUGUUCUUCGACGAAGCGGUCCGGCGAGCGGAGCAAUUGGAUCAGCAUCUCGCUUCUACAGGGACGGUGGUGGGACCGCUCCAUGGGCUUCCGGUGUCGUUGAAGGAUGGCUUUGAUGUCGAGGGACAGGACUCGACGUUGGGGUGGGUGAGUGAGAUUGGGAAGCCGGCGAGGGAGGACGCGGUGUUGGUGGGUGUUUUGAGGAGGCAAGGGGCGGUCUUUUAUGUUAAGACGAAUAUUCCGCAGUCGCUUAUGAUGUCGGAUUCCUAUAACCAUAUCUUCAAGCAGUCGGUUAAUGCUUUUCAUAAUGAGCUGAUUUCUGGUGGUAGCUCGGGCGGUGAAGGGGCGCUGGUGGGGGCGAGAGGGAGUAUUAUUGGGAUUGGCACUGACAUCGGAGGCUCAGUACGCAUACCGGCCAACCUACAAGGACUCUAUGGACUCUGUCCUACGAGCCGACGUAUAGCUUGGGAGAAAUCAGGCUCCCGCGAGUAUAUCGUUCCCUCUGUCGCAGGGCCGAUGUGCCAUGAUCUGUCUACUCUGGAACUAUUCAUGGAAGGCAUGCUAGCAGGAGAGCCAUGGCUAUACGACCCAGUGACUGUACCUCUACCCUGGCGGAAGCAGCUGGCCGAGAAGCCAACCAGCACACCGCUGAGGAUAGGGUACUAUUGGGACGAUGGACACGUGAGAGUGCAGCCGCCUAUUGAACUGGCUACUCGGAAGGCCGUCGAAGCGUUGAAGGACGCCGGACACAAAGGUAAGAAGUCAUCAACAUUCUCGAGUGGCGAUUGCUUCGCUAACUUGGAUAAAGUGUUCAAGUGGGAUACCACCGGACACGACCGCGCAUACGAUCUUUGGCUCAAAGGCGUCCUCGCAGAUGGCGGCUCACGAUGUCGUAAGCUCUGUGAGGCAGGCGGUGGACAGCCAUUGAUCGAAGGCAUGCUGGUUGGACAGGAGAAGGACAAGCUGGAUGUCGAGCGAGGAGAAGCUGUAAGCAUCCAGCCCGUCACGCCUCGAAUUAUUUCAUCCCUGCUGAACAACCCAUCUCAGGUCGCCCGCGAGAUCCGAGACUACCAAAAGCACUACCUCUCCCGCUGGCACGAAGCAAAGCUAGAUGCUCUCAUCAUGCCCGUGCAGACGUAUGUUGGCUUCCGACCGAAGGAAUGGGUGAAAGCAAGCGUCUACGUCGGUUAUAGCUCACAAUGGAACCUGGCCGAUUUUGCGGUCGUGUCAAUGCCUGUUGAGACGGAGUACCCGGACGACCUGCCGGCAAGUGAAGAGGGUGAAAGUAGCUGGAAGGAACACACGCCAAGGAACGAGUCGGAUAGGUAUAAUUGGGAGCAAUAUGAUCCGGAGUUAGUCAAGGGGAUGCCGGUGAGUAUUCAGGUUGUUGGUGGGAAAUUUGGCGAGGAGAGGGCAGUAGCUGUCGCGAAGGCGGUGGAAGAGGCGCUGAAAGAUCGAUAA